GCUGAGGAGCUUCCUGCAAUGCAGCAACUGUGGGGAGCUGGAACAGAUUUUCACUCUACUUGGGAGCUUCGCAAGUGAGCCUUUGAGCUAAGUUCUUGACUUGGAGGCGGACAAGUGAACAAUGGUAAAGAAAAGGCUGUCUUCCAACGACUCGGUGUUCCAGUUCGACAUCCCGGGCAGCCCGCAGAAGGCCGGCGCAGAGGCCCCGCUCAGCUCCACCGACAGCCCUAGCCCCGUGUUCCUCAGCUCAGAGGCUGAGAAUGGUGUGGAAGAGAAAAAGAAGGUCUUCAGGUCACCAACAGCCCAGUCCCCUACCUCAUCCGUGGAGGCUGAGUCACCCGACCAGAAGAGAAGCAUUUGUCUGCGGUCAAAAUCCAGUUUUGAUGGUACCUCUUUAGCAGGUGACAAGCAUGACUGUAAGACAGAAAGCAAAAAUGACCCCAAGACUGAAAGGAAAAAGUCUUCAUCUUCCAGCCAGUAUAAAGCAAAUAUGCACUUUCACAAGUUGUUUCUUGAUGUCCCAACUGAGGAACCACUGAGGCAGAGCUUUACCUGUGCUCUGCAAAAGGAAAUACUGUACCAAGGAAAGCUCUUUGUGUCAGAAAACUGGAUUUGUUUUCAUUCCAAGGUCUUUGGAAAGGACACUAAGAUUGCUAUUCCUGCUUUCUCGGUAACCCUAAUAAAGAAAACCAAAACUGCUCUUUUGGUGCCAAAUGCCCUGAUUAUAGCAACAGUCACUGACAGGUACAUAUUUGUCUCUUUACUCUCCAGAGAUUCAACUUACAAACUACUCAAAUCUGUAUGUGGACACUUAGAAAAUACAAGUGUCGGUAACAGUCCCAAUCCAUCUACUACUGAAAAUUGUUUCGGGGCAGCUCGCCCUUCAUCUCUGCCUCUGGAUUUCAAUGAUGAGUUUCCAUAUCUGGAUGGAGUUGUUGGACGAAGAAGGCCACACAUGGAAGGGUACAGCAGCUCUGGCUCACAGACUCCUGAAUCUGAGAACUCUCGAGAUUUCCAUGUUUCUGAAUCCCGGACUGUUCUGAAUGUUUCCAAGUCAGAAGUGAAACCAGCUCGUGCAGAUGCCCACGUGAACAGAGUGUCUGAAGGAAAAGCCAAGAGUCUCCCCACACAUGGUCAGUCAGAAACAGCUGGAAUCUUGCCUAGAGUCAAGUCUCAGAAAUGUCUGACUCUCCAUCAUAUUCUUAUAUUCUACGCAAUUGUGGUCUGUGCACUAAUCAUUUCGACCUUCUACAUGAGAUACAGAAUCAAUACUCUGGAGGAGCGGCUAGGGCCACUAACCUCCAUCAUAGAAACACACAGCGCUGGACAGACGACGCCAUCCGGCCUGCGAUCACAAGUCCAUUUAAAUGUGGAGGUCCUCUGCCAGGAGCUCACGGCUAACAUAGUAAAAUUAGAAAAGAUACAAAACAACUUACAGAAGCUGCUAGAGAAAGGUGACUGACGACCAGAUUGCUGGGGCCAACUAAUACCUCACGUUUCUUGGAAGGUGCUCCCGAGGCGUCCUGGUGAGCGCUUCCUGCUGGUCAGAGGCGCGAGUGGAUGAGAACCCAGACACAGAGGUCUCCAGCUCAGGAAAAGGGGAAGGGGAAUCAUUUUGCUUCUAGUGCAAUAAAAGUUGAUCUGUCUCUCUGAAGAAGUUUCUGCUGCUGCCAUCUGAAGAAAACAGACCCGUCUCUGGAAGUCUCAGAGCGGGCCUGGAGAACACUCUGGAAUAAUUAUGGUUCAGCGGUGUCUGUGAUCCAUUGUGUCAGUAAACACUCCAGUCCAGGCCUGUUUAGUCCUUCCCACCCUCUUUUUGCUCACUUACAUCCCUCUUAUAAAACACUGAAACUGAGCCAGGGAUUUAGCUCAGUGGUUCCACUGCCUGCCUUGCAUGCACAAGGACCCAAGUUGGAUCCCCGGUACCAAACAAAAACAAAAACCAUUGAAACAAAGAGAUGCAUCAUAUACCAAUGAUCUGCAUGUGGUCCUUUACAGAAUCAGCAAUCAGUGUCUCUACAUGGACAGGCUUGCUGCACAAAAAAAACGUUCUGUUCUUUCAGCUGUUUUCUUCUAAGUUAUCUGCCUAUGUAUUUUAACUUCUCUGUUCAGUUUGAGUAAGACUGUCAAGCAAAGUGAGUCACCCUAUCCCGUUUAUGUUUGGUUUGGUUUUGUCCCUGUGUCUAACGUGUAAUUGGAGUGAUUUUCACCCACUUCCAGUCAAGAAUCUG